UAAUAUUCUCAUCUCUCUCUCUCUCUCUUCGUUCGAGUGAUUCUGUUUCUGUCAUUCUGUGUAAGCUGCACAGUCGCAACGCAUUGAGAGCUAAACUCUUAGAAACAGGAAGAUGAAAAAGCUCUACAGUGCUUCUAAAGAUGAUAAAUUCUUAGAAUUUUGGAAGAGGGAGAUUGGUUUCUCUGCCGCCAGAACUUUCUCUCGCCGAAUCUCUGCUUCCGAGGCUGUGGUGAAGCAACUUGAUUUAUAUGGGAAAUUAAAUGGUCAUCAGGGAUGUGUUAACACAAUCAACUUCAACUCCACUGGUGAUAUUCUGGUGUCUGGCUCUGAUGACAAACAAGUAAUUUUGUGGGACUGGGCCACAAAGACAUCAAAAUUGUCAUAUCCAUCAGGUCACUUGGAUAACAUCUUCCAGGCCAAGUUCAUGCCAUUCACUGAUGAUCGUAAAAUAGUCACUGCAUCUGCUGAUGGCCAGGUCAGGCUUGGCCAAGUGCUGGAGAAUGGUGAGGUAGACACAAAAAGGCUGGGAAAGCAUCAAGGUCGAGUACACAGUCUUGCUGUGGAACCAGGGAGCCCCUACAUAUUUUACAGCUGCGGUGAAGAUGGUUUUGUUAAACAUUAUGAUCUACGAAACAACCCGCGAAGCACUUCUGCUACAAAGCUUCUCUGUUGUUCAUCAUUAGUGGAAAACAACAAACAAUCUUCACACAGCAUACGGUUGAAUGCUAUUGUUAUUGACCCAAGAAACCCUAAUUAUUUUGCUGUAGGAGGUUCUGAUGAAUAUGCACGGGUAUAUGACAUCAGAAAAUACCAGUUGGAUGCACCUAGUAAUUCACAUGGGCCUGUUAAUACAUUUUGUCCUCGUCAUUUUACUCAGAGAAAUGAUUUUCACAUCACAGCAUUGGCUUACUCUAAUACAAGUGAAUUACUGAUCUCCUACAAUGAUGAAUUAAUAUAUCUUUUUCAGAAGAAUAUGGGGUUGGGUCCUAAUCCUUUGUCUGUGCCACAUGAAGAAGUAGAAAAACUGGAAGAGCCUCAAGUUUAUUCAGGGCAUAGAAAUUUGCAAACGAUCAAAGGAGUGAACUUCUUUGGUCCAAAUGAUGAAUAUGUUAUGAGUGGAUCUGAUUGUGGUAAUAUUUUUAUCUGGAAGAAAAAGGGUGCUCAGCUUGUCCGUCUGAUGCGAGGUGAUAAGCACAUAGUGAAUCAGCUCGAGCCCCACCCCCAUAUAUCUGUUCUUGCUACCUCUGGCAUAGAAAAGAAUAUUAAGCUAUGGGCUCCCUCAUCAAAUGACGUUUCUCCUUUGCCUCAUAAUGUUCAAGAGAUAAUGGACGCUAACAGACGAGGCAGGGAGGACCAUUCUCGGGUCACACUUACCCCCGAUGUGAUCAUGCAUGUUCUGCGUUUGCAUAGGAGGCAAGCAAUGGCAUAUGCUGAGAGACGAUACAACAGGGAGGAUGUUGAGAGCGACGAAGAAGAUGGUGAGGCUAUUGUUUUGGGAUAUUCAGAGGGUGAUUCUGAGGAAGGGGGAAAUUCUAGAGAAUGUAACGUCAGCUAGAUUGAGUUAUGUACUUUUUGUAAGCACAAACUUGGAGUUGUUUUAAGUUUAUCAGCGUCCUUGGGAUCAAUGUUUAUUUCUCAGCUUCACUUUAGUAUGCACUAUAUACAGAUUUAGGCUAAUUUUGACAGGUUCCGGUUCACAGUUAAGCUUUACAAUAAUAGGCGGUACUGCCAUGUGAAUGCAAUAUAUCGUUGCAUGGUUUUUCAUUUGUAA